GGCUUGGUGGGGCUGGCAUGUGUAGGCAAGAUAAUCCUCUGGUUGGGAGAGGAGCCAUAAGCCCCCCUCCUUCUCCUUCCCAGUAUGUUUUUUCCCUCCAGGGCCUGGAGAAGAGGGAGGGCAGAGAUACAAGAGAGCAGGCCUGGCAUAUAUUCCUGAGAAUACGGUAGAUUGUUUUGGAAAAAUCUUCUUGGCCGGAAAUUACAUGUCACGUCUGCUCCUCAGUGUGGAUUUGUAACUUGACUGAUGCUGUUGGAGAGCCUGGGGGAGGGGAGUGGACGGCAGAGGCAGGCUGGUUCCUGGGCCACUACCGGCUCCCUUUAGAGAUAAGGGGGCAAGUUGUAGACCAGAGGGUAUACAUGUGGGGUGGAUUCCCCAAAUCCUAGAGGCAGUUUGGAUCUUGUGGGUAUCUUGUAAUAGGAUGGCUUUCGGAGGCAGGGGCCUUGUGGAGGGAGGAGGUAGGGAGAAAGCAGGAUGGGGGAAUGGUUUAGAUCAGACUCUUUAUCCAACCAGGAGGAGGGAUCUGUGGGCCUGGCAUUUUCAGCCUCUCUUUCUCGACGGCCUCCUGAGUGUUCCUGCAGCUGCUCCCAAAACCAGUUUCUGCCAUAGCUGCAGUAAGAUGCAGAGGAGCUUCUGCCUAGAAUAAACACCCUGCCUGGCAGGGUCAUCCCCUAUGCCAACGCGCUUCAGCUGGAGAAGGAGCUUUUGAAGAGAGUGAGCCUUAUGGGAACUCACCUAGUGCCCACCCGGGGUCUCCUUCCUUAGUCUUGAGGUGGAGUGUGUGUGUGUGGGGAGGGGAGUGGGGAGUAGAGGUGUCUCAGCAUUUCCCUCCUCCUCUGCCCCAAAGCCCCAAGGUGUGAGGGUGCCCUGAGCUCACCCCUAAAUACCUGGUACUGAGGAGUCAGUGGAUGCUUCAGGUGCCAUUGGAAUGAGAGGGUGUGCGUGUGGCACCUUGGGGCCUCUGCCGUGGGACCUCCUCCACUAGCAAUGUCCUCAUCCUGGCACUGGGUGACAGCCCUGCGUGGACACGUGUUGUAGCAGCUCCUGCGGGAGGGAGUGUGGGUACUCGCACUCUUCUGAGCCCAGAGAAGUCAGCCACAGUGCUCUGCCCGGGCCCGAGCAGUCUUGGGGGCGGGGCGGGUGGAGGUGCAGGCGGGGAGAAGUCCAGGCUGGUGAGAAGAGGCGUGGGCUGCGGAGGGCUGAGGUCUCCCUCCCAGUGUGGAUGCGGGGGGCGUGGCUUCCACUGCGGAGAGGAGUGGGCUGGGCAGGUUCCCCGGGCCUGAGUGGAGUGCGGAAUGGCAGCGCACCAGGGAGCCUGGCAGGUGGGCGCAUGCUUGGAGCUAGGUGGAAGCUGGGCUGGUGGAAGGAGAGGGGUCUAGAGGGAGGGGUCUCAGGUCGAGUUAGGAUGGGGGCUUCUCUUCUGUGAGCUUCUUGGACGGCCCCCCCCCUUGUCAUGGAGUAUGGGGGCCCUUGAGUCCCCAGGACCUGAUCGGUGGCUGUGGAUCUCUGGGGUCCUGGAGGCGGACAGGGGCCGAGGGGAGCUGUGGCUCCGUGGUCAGUGAAGGUGCAGCCCCGCACCGGGCUCUCUGGGGGGCAGCCUACGCUGCGGAGAGGCGGCUCCUUGGAAUGGAGCCUGUGCACGGGAUUGGGGGAGGGGCAGCCGCAGGCCAGCGGGAGAGACCGCUACCACCAGGCUCUGCUCCCUCGCUCUGGCUGCAGGUGGCAGAUACGGGCUGUGGGGUGCGUGCGGGCCCGAGGACUGGGCCUUCCCUUGGCUGAGGUGCUUUAGCGGCCCCGGCCCUCCUUGUUGAGGAUGCUCGAGGCCCGGCCCCUCAGGACGCAGGGCAGUGACGCUGCCGGUGCGCUGGAGGGGCGGGGACUGCGGGAGGGCUCUGCUCCCCUCCCGGGCCCUAAAGCCCGGAGUUUGGGUUCCAAGGGUGAGAGAUUUGCAUAUCUGCACCUAACUGGGGCCGAGGAGGGACAGCAGAGGCUGGGGAGCAGCAGCAUGCAGCCGGAGGAGGGCACAGGCUGGCUGCUGGAGCUGCUGUCCGAGGUGCAGCUGCAGCAGUAUUUCCUGCGGCUCCGCGACGACCUCAACGUUACCCGCCUGUCCCACUUUGAGUAUGUCAAGAAUGAGGACCUGGAGAAGAUUGGCAUGGGCCGGCCUGGCCAGCGGCGGCUGUGGGAGGCUGUGAAGAGGAGGAAGGCCAUGUGCAAACGCAAGUCCUGGAUGAGCAAGGAUGAAGAGCAGCCGACUCCCUGGGGAGGGUGGAGACAGACAGCGCCAAAUGGGCAACCCAGAGACGGGGCCAGGGCUAAAAAUGGACAGGAGGUGUUUGCAAGGGCCCCUAGGGCUCCUGCCCAUCUGCUCGGGUGUUCAGUGGAAAGCGGCUGGAGGCUGAGUUCCCCCCUCAUCACUCUCAGAGCACCUUCCGGAAGACCUCACCCACCCCCGGAGGCCCAGCAGCAGAGGGGUCCCUGCAGAGCCUCACCUGCCUCAUUGGGGAGAAGGACCUGCAUCUCUUUGAGAAGCUGGGAGAUGGCUCCUUUGGCGUGGUGCGCAGGGGCGAGUGGGACGCCCCCUCGGGGAAGACGUCCCCACUCUGGCCAGGUGAGUGUGGCUGUGAAGUGCCUGAAGCCUGAUGUGCUGAGCCAGCCAGAGGCCAUGGAUGACUUCAUCCGGGAGGUCAAUGCCAUGCACUCGCUUGACCACCGAAACCUCAUUCGCCUCUAUGGUGUGGUGCUCACGCCGCCCAUGAAGAUGGUGACAGAGCUGGCACCUCUGGGAUCGUUGUUGGAUCGGCUGCGCAAGCACCAGGGCCACUUCCUCCUGGGUACCCUGAGCCGCUACGCUGUGCAGGUGGCUGAGGGCAUGGGCUACCUGGAGUCCAAGCGCUUUAUUCACCGUGACCUGGCCGCCCGCAAUCUGCUGUUGGCCACCCGUGACCUGGUCAAGAUCGGGGACUUCGGGCUGAUGCGAGCACUACCCCAGAAUGACGACCACUACGUCAUGCAGGAGCACCGCAAAGUGCCCUUUGCCUGGUGUGCCCCUGAGAGCCUGAAGACUCGCACCUUCUCCCAUGCCAGCGACACCUGGAUGUUUGGGGUCACGCUGUGGGAGAUGUUCACCUAUGGCCAGGAGCCCUGGAUUGGCCUCAAUGGCAGUCAGAUCCUGCAUAAGAUUGACAAGGAGGGGGAGCGUCUGCCCCGGCCCGAGGACUGCCCCCAGGACAUCUACAAUGUCAUGGUUCAGUGCUGGGCUCACAAGCCAGAGGACAGACCCACCUUUGUGGCACUGAGAGACUUCCUGCUGGAGGCCCAGCCCACUGACAUGCGGGCCCUUCAGGACUUUGAGGAACCAGACAAGCUGCACAUCCAGAUGAACGAUGUCAUCACCGUCAUUGAGGGGAGGGCUGAGAAUUACUGGUGGCGUGGGCAGAACACACGGACGCUGUGCGUGGGGCCCUUCCCUCGCAACGUGGUAACCUCUGUGGCCGGCCUGUCAGCCCAGGACAUCAGCCAGCCCCUGCAGAACAGCUUCAUUCACACAGGGCAUGGUGACAGUGACCCCCGGCACUGCUGGGGCUUCCCUGACAGGAUCGAUGAACUGUAUCUGGGAAACCCCAUGGACCCUCCCGACCUGCUGAGUGUGGAACUGAGCACCUCCAGACCCACCCAGCAUCUGGGCAGGGUGAAAAGGGAACCUCCACCUCGCCCUCCUCAGCCUGCCAUCUUCACUCAGAAACCAACCUACGACCCUGUGAGUGAGGACCAAGACCCCCUGUCCAGCGACUUCAAGAGGCUGGGCCUGCGGAAGCCAGGACUGCCCCGUGGGCUGUGGCUCGCGAAGCCCUCUGCCCGGGUGCCAGGCACCAAAGCGGGCCGCGGGAGCAGUGAGGUCACGCUCAUCGACUUCGGUGAGGAGCCCGCGGUCCCGGCCCCACGGCCCUGUGCGCCCUCACUGGCGCAGCUGGCCAUGGAUGCCUGCUCCUUGCUGGACAAGACCCCGCCGCAGAGCCCCUCGCGGGCCCUGCCCCGGCCCCUGCAUCCCACGCCGGUGGUGGACUGGGAUGCGCGCCCGCUGCCCCCGCCUCCUGCCUACGAUGACGUGGCCCAGGAUGAGGAUGACUUUGAGGUCUGCUCCAUCAACAGCACCCUCGUGAGUGCAGGGCUCUCUGCUGGGCCCAGUCAGAGCGAGACCAAUUACGCCUUUGUGCCUGAGCCAGCGCGGCUCUUCCCUGCCCUGGAGGACAACCUGUUCCUCCCGCCUCAGGGUGGGGGCAAGCCGCCCAACUCAGCCCAGACCGCAGAGAUCUUCCAGGCGCUGCAGCAGGAGUGCAUGCGGCAGCUACAGGUCCCGGCCGGCUCUCUGGUCCCCUCGCCAAGCCCAGUGGGCGACGACAAGCCCCAGGUGCCCCCUCGUGUGCCCAUCCCCCCGAGGCCCACACGCCCACGUGGGGAGCUGUCUCCAGCCCCCUCGGGCGAGGAGGAGACGGGGCGGUGGCCUGGACCUGCCUCCCCUCCCCGGGUACCACCCCGGGAGCCCCUGUCCCCACAAGGCUCCAGGACCCCCAGCCCCUUGGUGCCACGCGGCAGCUCCCCGCUGCCACCCCGGCUCUCCAGCUCACCUGGGAAGACCAUGCCCACCACCCAGAGCUUCGCCUCAGACCCCAAGUAUGCCACACCCCAGGUGAUCCAGGCACCUGGCCCCCGGGCUGGCCCCUGCAUCUUACCCAUCGUCCGUGAUGGCAAGAAGGUCAGCAGCACCCACUACUACCUGCUGCCUGAGCGCCCACCCUACCUGGAGCGCUACCAGCGCUUCCUGCGUGAGACCCGGAGCCCCGAAGAGCCGACCCCCGUGCCUGUGCCCCUGCUGCUGCCCCCUCCCGGCAUCUCAGCUCCUGCUGCCCCCACUGCCACCGUUCGACCAAUGCCUCAGGCUGCCCCAGACCCCAAGGCUAACUUCUCCACCAACACCAGCAACUCAGGGGCCCAGCUGCCAGCCCUGAGGGCCACUGCUCGGCUGCCACAGAGGGGCUGCCCCGGGGACGGGCCAGAGGCUGGACGGCCAGCAGAGAAGAUCCAGAUGCUGCAGGCCAUGGUGCAUGGGGUGACCACAGAGGAGUGCCAGGCGGCCCUGCAGAGCCACAGCUGGAGCGUGCAGAGGGCUGCCCAGUAUCUGAAGGUGGAGCAGCUCUUUGGUUUGGGUCUGCGGCCGCGAGGCGAGUGCCACAAAGUGCUGGAAAUGUUCGACUGGAACUUGGAGCAGGCUGGCUGCCACCUGCUGGGCUCCUGCGGCCCAGCCCACCACAAGCGCUGAGAUGUCUGGAGACCCAGAGGAUCUGCCCCGAAGGAAUCAUUUGAGCCUGUCCAUCUGACGAGGGUGGGGAGACGCCCUGCCAGGCCUGGAGGACCUGCUGCACCUGCUGCCCCCAGUGGCAGAGCGAGGCCAAGGCAGCAGGAGGCUGGGAGCCCCGCCUUGCCUGUCCCUCCCUCACCCAGCGCUGUCCCUGCAACUUCGGAGCUCUCAGUGCACCCAGCCAAGGUGCAGGAGGGAGCCUCUUGUAGGCAGGCCUGGGGGUGGCCUCAGAAGGCCCUGUGGCUGACCUGCCUCUGGCUUCAGUCCCUGGUGGGGCCUGUAGCUGAAAUGUGUUGCCAGGCCCUGCCGGCGGGGAAGCCAGGCUUGACCCCGGGCAGGGAGGAUGUGUUGGCCAUGCAGAAAGGUGGACCAGCACCCAGGGCGUGGGGCGGGGGCCCUCCCCAGGGAGCCCCUGGCGGCAGUUGGGGUGUCGGACAGAAUGUGACUUGUGGCCUCACUAUGGACAUGUUAUGGGACUUGGCUGGUGUUAGGAUCUUGUGCCUGGAAAUAGCCUGAGGUGGCUCAGGUAGCAGAGCUAGGGUGCCAGAUCGUUCUCUGGCAGGGACCAGGGCCCAAGGCCCCAGGGUUGGAAGGAGACCAAGGGGGCAGCUGCCCUGGAGGGACACCAGUGCUUCCUCUGACCCAGCUCUUCCUCUGUGCUGUUCUUUGUUUUCCCACCAGCCUCUUGCCAAAGUUUCUGCCCCGGCUAUGAAUAUCUGCUUCUUCCAGAGAAAUAAAGUUAGUUUCUAUUUUAUGUUA